CCCACACACACACACAUGCAGCCACACACACGGUCAUAUACUUUGGGAAUAUUAUGGAGUGCAGCUGUUGUUGGUGUCUCUGAUACGCCGCAUGCAUACUUAAAGUGUCCACAGAUUGAUUUAUAUGAAUUCCUCACCGAGUCCGAACUACAGCAGUACUACAAUGCCAUCAAAAACGAAUUGAAAAUAACGAAUGCGGCGCAAUUUAAAUAUGCAGCGGAUGAGGAUUUACGUUUCAUUGGUCUAUCGCGACCGGAAAUCCGAAGACUGCGUAAAUUCUAUGAGAAGCACUUCCCCCACAGUUACCUCAGCAAAAUCAAGCGGUUACUGCAAGCGCCCGCCACAAUUGUGAAGCGCGAGGAUGGCGGCAUCGGUGGCGGACAAUCGCCGAGCGAGAGCAGCACGGCGGCGGCAACAACGACGGCAACUAGGAAUGGCGGAGCCAGUUCUCCGGGCAGCAGGGUGCCCAACAACAAGCACAUCAUACCGGCCGAUGCGAUUAGCGUCAACAAGCAGCUGGGCAUUGGAGAGUUUGGUAUUGUGCAGCAGGGCGUCUGGACAAAUGGCAGCGAGCGGAUUCAAGUGGCCAUCAAGUGCUUGUGCCGCGAACGCAUGCAAUCGAAUCCCAUGGAAUUUCUCAAGGAGGCAGCCAUAAUGCAUUCAAUUGAGCACGAGAAUAUCGUGCGCCUCUAUGGCGUGGUGCUGGCCACCGAUUCUCUGAUGCUCGUCACGGAGCUGGCACAUCUGCGUUCCCUGCUCGAGUGCCUUAAGGAUUCCGGUCUGCGCGUCAGCUUCCUCACCAUACCGACGCUCUGUGAGUUCGCACUGCAGAUCUGCAAUGGCAUGCGCUACUUGGAGCAGAAGCGACUCAUUCACCGGGAUUUGGCAGCGCGGAAUAUCCUAGUUUUCAGCAAAGACAAGGUGAAAAUCUCGGACUUUGGUUUGUCGCGCGCCUUGGGCGUGGGCAAGGAUUACUACAAGACCAAUUUCAAUGUGAAUCUUAAGCUGCCCAUUGCCUGGUGUGCGCCCGAGUGCAUCAAUUAUUUGCGCUUCACCAACGCCUCCGAUGUGUGGGCCUAUGGCGUUUGCCUCUGGGAGAUGUUCUCGUAUGGCUUUCAGCCCUGGGCUGCUCUGACUGGCCUGCAGAUACUGGAGGCCAUCGAUGCGCCCAAUUAUCAACGGCUGGAGCAACCCGAUUGCUGUCCACGCGAGUAUUACACUCUGAUGAUGAAGUGCUGGCAGGAUGACGCUGCCAAGCGGCCAAAGUUUAGCGAGAUUUACGAACAGCUGCCCGACAUGAAGCCCGAGCAACUGAAGGCUGUGGUCAACUGUGUGGAACCGAAGAAGGAUCAUUUGUUGUAUCGCCAGGGAGACAUUAUCAGUGUGCUCGAUCGCAACACGGGCACGCCCUUCUGGAAGGGAGUGCUGAGCACCGGCAAGACGGGCUACUUCAAUCCCUCGAAUACGGUUGCCUUCCUCGAGGGUUUGCCCAGCUCCAAUCGGGAUUCGUUUAGCCGAGUGGGCGAUCAUCGCAUUAGCAAGCGCAAGCUGCGCACAGAGAUGAUAUCGAAGCCACAGAACGACUUUAAGCACACAGGACAUGUGGGCAUCGAUGGCGCCACUUUUGGUGAUAUUGCCUUCCUCGGCAGCUCACAGAACUAUAAUCACGUGCCCAAGCAGAUUGUGACACCGUAUAAGCCAUCGGAGGACAUUGAGCAGACGCCACUGCUGCUGCCACCAACUCCCACCAGCCCCGACUCACUGCAAACGGCCAGCGGUUAUUUCCCCGAGGGUGCUGGCACCUCAAUGAAUCCCACAUUUAUUCCCUCCACGGAGCACACACCGAAAUUGAUAGCCAGCAAUGGACAGAGCUCCUUUGACUUUGCUGGCUCGAAUCCAUUUGCCUCGCACAAACUGGAUGAGGAGCAGCUCGCCUAUGCGCUGCAAAACAACAACUAUGGCGUCGAUGGCAAGAGUCUGCACUCGACCACCGGCGAGCCAAAUCAUUGGCGUGCCAGUUCGCGCAAUGCGACCGAUGAUCUGCAUGAAUAUCACGAGAUAUCCGAUGAUGAGAUCACCGGCGAUAAACUGGACUUUGGCCCAUCCCUUUUGGAUGAAAUCAAUUCGAUGUUUGGCUCGAUCAGUGGCGCCUCUGGCAGCCAGCCAAAGUCGCCGGACUUUGAUCGAGUAAAUACGAAAAACGAAUUCGCAGAAUUGUCUGCAAAGUAUGCGCAUAAAGCGGGCGACACCAAUGGCAACAAGCAUGGCCUGCUGUCGAAAAAGAAGACAACCACGGGCACUGUGAAGCCCAUUUCGGUCAAGGAUGAGAAGAUACUGAAUCAUGCCAUCGAAAUUGCCAAUGAAAUCAGUGCCAGAUCGAUGAUUGACCUGGCUUCGGAUCACACACCAGCUGCGCACAGUCCCAAGCGCAAGUUCAGCUUUCGUUUGCCGCAUUUGAGCAGCGGUGGCGGCGACAAAUCGAACAACAUGGUCGGAGGAUCCGCUCGCAAUUCUGCGUUGACGCCCACGCAUGGCAGUGCAUCGCCCUUCUCCAAGAAGAAGAACUUUACGGAGGAACUGCAGAGCAUACCCGACAUACAGCGAUUUCGCUCGUUGAGCGAAAUCAAAAACACUUCCGAGCUGCGCAUUCCGAUCUUCGACAAGGAGAGCUCCGACUUUUUGUUUGAGAAAUCACGCGAAAUACUCAGUCGCCCGCUGAACCGGGAACGAAGCUCCGAGGAGCCGCCAAGCAUCAAUGACAACAUCAUGGACAUUGAGAACACGCUGAAAGCGUUGAACCUCGACUUUAUGCACACGUACACGGAGCUGGACAAGAGCGACUCCAAUGAUACGAUUUUGAACGAUCAACUGCCACAGCUGCUGGGCUCCCUCGAUGAUGGCAUCAGCAGUGCCACGGGAAGCCUGAAGUCCGCUGUCUACAGCUACAGCAACGGGGUGCAGACGAUGUUUGACUUCAAUGCGGCCACCAGUCACCUGGACAAGCAUCUGCAGUACAUGCACAAUCAGGCGCAGCUGCACAGCCAGCAGCUGGCCAAUGCUAGCGAACAGAAGCUGCUGGAGGACAAGCGGAGCAGCACACCGGACACGGGAUUCGCGUCGCGGGACACAAACAUUUCGUUGUCGCGUCGCAGCAGCCAGAAGAGCAGUUACAGUCCUCAAGAGAGUUACUUUCCCAUUAAGGGAGAGACAUUGUAUAGUGCACCGCCAGUUGUGAUGAGCAGCGGCUACGAACGCUUUGGGAAUGGUCACACCAAGCAGAUGCUGGCCAGCGCAUCGCCGGUGAAAUCUUCCUGCUUGAAUGCCAGCAGCAGCAGCGCUGUCUAUGCGGUGGCCAGCAAGAGCUAUCGCCAGCGUUCCACCUCCUUCAAUGAGAGCUUCCAGCCCAUAUCCCCCGUGCUGUCGGAUGCCAAGCAGCGUUCGUUUCGUGCUGAAGCACAGCAACAGUUGCAGCAGCAACAACAACAACAGCAAUCGCAGCAGCAGCAACAACAACAGUUGCCACGACGCUCGGCCAGCUACAAACCGCGAUCGAUAAGAGCGCGCACUCUGCGACGCCUCAGCUACAAUCCCAUGACGCUCGACUCCAGCAGCUCCUCCAGCGGCGAGGAGUCACGCACCAAGCCCAGCCUCGCUCGAUCCGAGUGCGAUAUUCGCGCUCGCGUUGCUGCCACCUCCAGCAGCUCGUUGUGUCGUCGUCGACGUGCUGGCCUCAAUCGGCAGGUGCAGUCCGCAUGCCAGGAUGAACGCGAUGCCAUAAUUUCGCCACGGCAGCUGUACGGCUCGAACUCGAGCAUCAAGUCAGCGCCACACUACAAUCUGGGUGGGAAUCGACGCAGCUUCCAUCGACCCGGCGCCGGCUACGAACAGUUCCACUACGAUGAGCGCAUCUAUGACUUUGGCGGACGCGGUCCGGGCAACAAUUAUACGGCCCAACUGGCACAGCAUGCGUUGCUGGCGCCCACAAUGUCACAGAAGCUGAGCUCCGGCUCGGGUUCCUCCUCGGCGGCCUCGUCAGCGGUGGCCACCUAUCGCACUGCAUCCGCUGCUCUGCCGGCUCCGCAGCGUCCGAUGAGCGGUGGGAUUGCGUUGCAUGAGUUUGACAUCAGUCGCCUAACGGGCAAGAGUCCCACUUCGACCAACUUUGUGGGCAGUUCUCCCGAUGAGCUCAAGCAGCAACAGCGUACGCCACAGCCGCAGCAAGUGGUAAAGCCUCAGCGGCCCACAGAGUUCCAUUGGCCGGAGCAGAUACAUGUGUCGACAGUGAAGCAGCACGAGAUGCAUUGGCGACAGCUGCAACAACAGCAACAACAACAGCAGCAGCAACAACAACAACAGCAACAGUUGCCGGUGGUGAUAACUGCGGGGGAUUCGAGUGACAGCAGCUCGUCGACGAGCACGGAGAGCGGAGAUGAGUUCCAGUUCCGACGCGAGUUCAUUGCGCCACGUAUUCCGCCCAGUCCGGCUCCAUAACUAAGGAAAAUGCUGAAAUAUGUUCUCAAUUUACUAUUCGGACAUGUGCUCUCGGAUUAGAAUGGAUCGAUGUGUUAUCACUCUGGGCGUGUGUGUGUGUGUGUGUGGGUUGUAGUGUGGUGUGUGGUGGUGUGUCGAAAAGUAAAUUGUAGAAAUAUUUACAGCCUCUCUUUAAACAUAUUUAGCGUGUAUAUUUUUUAUGGAUUUGCAUUUUUGAGAGUGUGCCUUAUUUGGAAACACGGAAGACCUCUCAGAACGGAUAAUAAUACGAGUGCGAGUAAUCGUAAGCGUAACACUGUUGUUUGUUUUUUGUCGCAGUCAGUUACAGAUACAGAUACAAUUUGCAGAUACAGAUACAACUAACAGUUACACAGUUACAGAUCAAUCGAAUUGAGAUUUACAAUAAGCAAUAAUAAUGCAACAAAACUAGUUCAGGGCAGCCUGGGAAACGGGAAACGGAACCCAAAAUAUUUAAAGCAAACAGCUCAAUAAAUGUUAAAGCAAUAUUAAUUAAACACAUAUUUAGUAGAAGAGACUCAUUGAUACUCGAUAACAAAAAACACUUGACUACUCUUCAAACGCAAAAGGCUUCCAGGACAGAGCAGACAGCAGAAGGGGCAGACGGAGCAGAAAGACAGGGAGGGGGGCGACUCUUGAAACCAAUUUCCUAUCAGAUCAAAUGAGAUCAUUAUCAUCGUCAUUCCCAUUUUCACAUCUCUCUCUCUCUCAUAGCAUAACAGAGCUUCUGGUUGUCGGUGUCGUCAAUCCAACAAUCAAUCAGUAUAAAUCAGAUUAGGAAUAUAUCAACAGUAUUAAAUAUAAAAUUGAAUCUAAUCGACAACUCAUUGCAUGUACUAUAAAUAUGGGACAGGGUAUUAACUAAAACAACAGAACACGCAACAGACAGACACACACACACACAGAUACCCAUUACAACGACAGUCAUCGAGACAAUCACACACACACGCACACAACAAAGAUACACACACAAGUUGACAAUCCUUUUUCAUCGCCAACAACAUCCCACAAACUAAAAAAGAAAACAAGAUAAUAGACCCUUUUUACUACAUAUUUUCAAAAGUAAAGGGUCUAAACAGUGAACAAAAAAAAAAAUAAGAAACUAAAUGAAAAGAUAUUGAAAAUAUUGUCCGAAAACUCGUACAUAUGCAAAUGUGUAUUAUGUGCCAUAUCCUUACGCUUGCAUUUUUACUAUAUAUAAACCAAAACAUAUUUAUAUAUUAGACUAUAUAGUAUAUAUAUAAAUGAUAAUACUGAGCAUGAACCCGUCGGAAGAGUCGAAAAUUAGUUAUAUACAUAAAUACUAUUCCGUUACGGACGGGAGAUGUUUGCAUUGGAAAAUAUUCUCGAAUUACUUGAUAGAAAUCUAAGUGAAACGUACUUUCAUCUUCUCAAAAAAAAAAAAAAAGUAAAAAUACGAUUAUAAACCGAGAGUUAAUCCCCAUGUUGAUUGACUACACAAUGCGCCACUUGAGCGUGUCUACACCUUUUUUUAUAGAGCUCCAAUGAGAAAUAUAUAUAUAUACAUACAUAUAUGGAUAUAUGGAAAUAUUCUUAAUAAAAAGAUUUGUCGCAUUCUAUGCAUUUAUUGAUAAAGAUAAAGAUAAUGAUAAUGAUAACCAAAGUGAAGAAAACAAAUAUGAAAUUACUUAUAUACAAAGUUUAUAUACAUACAACAUAUAAUAUAAUAUUACUUAUAAUUACAAAGUUCAUACAAUUCAUAUCUAUUUCAUAUAGCAUUACUUACAAGAUUACACUACAAAUUGAUAUAUUGAUAUUCUAAAAUAUGCGUUCGAAGCGUUUCACAACCAAAAACAAAACAAAACAAAACUACAACUAAAACCAAAACUAAACUAAAACUUUUUCCAAGUAAUUAUAUAUACAUAUAUACAAAAGUUUGCAUUCUAAGAACCAAACGAUAAACAAACAAAAAAUAACAAAAAUAUAAAAAGCAAGAAAAAAAAGAAAACAAAACAAACCAAUUGGUAAUCAAAAACGUUGUGUAUAUUUAAAGGGAUUUAAUAAAGCAAAAGAAAAACCCCAAA